GCAUGCCAUUGAUCGAGCGUAUCGAAACCCGAUUUAUCAAUUUUAUUUCCUUUUCCUAAUGUAUUGUUUUGUUAGGUGCUUCGUGCUUGGCCGGGCCGACCUGAGAUUGCCCAAAGUCCAAUCUUCAAUAUAUCCCACUAUAUAACAGUCUCUCUUUUUUCGAAUGGACCAACUUACGUCAUGUACAACAACUAAUUUUUAAAAAGAUCGAUUCCGGCGUCCUCCACUGGGACACUCUAUAUGUAUACUAUGUCACCCACAAGGGUGCGCACACAUAUUGACGGCUCACAAUUUUUCCAAUCAGGUCAAGCAGAAAUGAUGGAACAAGGCACUCAUCGUCCGGCCAAUCCACAAAUCUAUGGCUGGACGGACGCAGGAUUCGCGACUCCCAGACACUCGAAGAAGAGCAACAAGUGUUUGGUUUACUUCCUAACCCUCAUCGUAAUCCUAAGCAUACUCGUGUUAAUCUUCGCUCUGGCAAUUUUACGCUGCGUCCAAGCCCCUCGCGUUGUGCUAAACUAUGUUUCAAUGCCGAAUCUCUCAAAAAUCAAUGCUUCAACGCCUUCGCUUGACGGCACUUUGGUGGCCGAGAUCGACAUCACCAACAACAACUUCGGUUGUUUCGUAUACGAGGACAGUUCGAUUGCGUUCUUGUAUCAGAACGUGACGGUUGGAGCUGCGAAUGUUACCGGCGGGCGCGUCUUUGCCAGGGAGACGGGGAGGGUGGAUGUUACGGCAAGAGCGAUAUCAAAGCAUUUGUUGAAGGAGAGUCGGAAUUUCAGUCGUGAUGUUGGUUCAGGGCUUUUGGAGCUCAGAAGUUAUGCUGAGUUCGUUGGAAGAGUUCAUGUGGUGAGGAUAUUUAAGUUGAGGACGAGCAAAUUGAUGAAUUGCACUAUGACCCUACAUUUGGCGAGCAAAGCAAUCCAGGACUUGGAAUUGUCUUUAGUCGACUGGGAAAUGUUUGAAGUGCUAGAAUGUGGAUGUGUUUGUAGUGGUGGAAUUUGGUUCCUUGCUGUAUUUCAAGACUUCUCUGGAAGCAAACUUAGUGAAGUGAAUGGAUAUGGAAGAAGAACAAUAAAAUGA